AUGUCAUUUGAAGAAGAAGAAGUUAAAGAAAUUAAUAUUCAAUGUGAAAAAGAAGGAUUUUUUCCAGUGGACUACUCUGUUAGUAGACAACGUCAAGUGUUUAAUAAAUAUUUUCAACAAGUAUAUGACAUAAAAUGGAAUAAAAUUGGAGAAUUAAAGAAGAGUAAAAAGAUAACUGAGAUUGAACUAUUCAUGAAUGGACAGGUUAUGAAGAAUGGAAUGCAAAAAUUGAAAGACAAAGAAAAUAAAGUGACAAUGAGAAUAACUUUUGACCUUCAAUACAUUCAUCAAGUUUGUCCAGAGUUUAGACAAAUGAUAGUAGAAUAUAAAAAUGAAGUAUUACAACAAGAAGUUAAAGAAAUGGAAAUUAGCAUUGAAGAUGAACUAGACAAUAACAAUAAAAUUUCUGAUGAUAGUCAAGAGGAAUUAACUGGUGACUAUAUAAAAGAAAAAGAAAAACUUCUUCAUUCAACCAAAGAAGAAACAUUAAAAGAAGAAGAUAAUGAAAAUGUAUUAAAAGAAGAAGAUAAUGAAAAUAAUACAAUUGAAAAUGAACAAAGUGAAGAAAAUGAUACAAUUGAAAGAAGAAAGGAAAGAACUCUUUCAGUUAUUCAGUAUAAAAGACUUAGAGCUAUUAAUUAUAUUCGUAUAGAAAAAUUAUUUGAAGAACCAUUUCUUCCAAUGCACCAAAGUUUUUUUGUAUUUGAAUUUUGUGUUUAUGCCAUACAAUUUGGACAAUGGGAAACAACAAGAAUAUUUCAAAGUUAUAAAUCAAUAAAUGUUGAAAAUUUAGAAAAGCCAUUAGAUUCUUUUAAACCAUUUGGACAUCUUGUUGUAAAAUUACAAAAUAAAAGUGAAAUGGGACUAUUUUUUUAUGAUGAAAUAUAUGGAGAAAUGAUAGAAAUCAAUCAAAAUAAUUGUAAUCAUAUCUUUUGUUCUAAAAGAGAAAAGUUCAUUGAUGUUUAUAUCUCAUUUAAAGGGUCAAUUCCUUUCUUAAGAAAAACUUCUCCUAUGCAUUUAACUCAUGACCAAAUGAGAAUUGAAAAUUAUUUUCAACAUACUAUCCUUCCUUGUUGGGAAUCAUUUGAAUCUUCAAGAUUACAAGUUAUUUGUAUUUCUCUUCAUCCAAGUUCAUGGAAAAAUAUUCAUGAAGUAAUUAGACAAUGUUCAAUCUCUCAGUCAGACCUUAAAAUAUCUAAUGAACAAUCAUUUUCAAAAUUAUUGAAAAUGAAAGAGUAUAUUAUUCCAAAAUCAUUUGAAUUUGGAUGGGAAUGGAUGAUUGAAAAACUAUUACAAGAAAAUAUUAUUGUUCCAAAUCAAAUUACACAAGAAUUUAUUGAUGAAAUAAACAAAUAUUCAUUUAAUGAAUAUAAUCUUCAUUUUAGAUUCUUAUUAAAUACCAUUGAAACAAAUAAAUAUCAUCGUGCUUUUGAUAUUAUGAAAUUAAUUCCAUCUAAAAAGGAUUCUUCAAUUGAUUUUACUAAAAAAAUAUUUUGUGUACAAAUAACACCUUCCUCUAUUACUUUUCUUCCACCAAAAAUACGUUCAUAUUCAGGUGAAAUAUAUUUAAAAAAUAUUUGUUUUUCAAAAUUAUGUGAAGGUAAUGGUAAUUUUAUUUUAAUUCAAUUUAAUAAAGAAGAUGCCAUGACAAAUGAAUAUUUAAUGACUGUAAUGAAUAAUGUUGUUACAAAACCAUUUAAAAUGAUAUUUAGUAAUUCAACAUAUGAUUUAUAUUGUUUUCUUCUUACAACAAAUUGUGUAAUUUAUAUAAAAAAAGGAAUAACAAUUAAUAUAUCAAGAAAAGAUAUGGCAUUUAGUUGUAUUAAUGACCAAAAUCAAAUGUGGUUAUUUAAGCAAAUUGUUGAAUUAUGUAAAAUAGAUAUGAAAGAUUCUCAUGAACAAAAAGAUGGUGUUAAUAGAGUAAAUGAUUAUUGGAAACAUGUUCAAAGUUUAUAUGAAUUAUAUGGAAGAGGAGAGUAUAUUGAUCAAAUAAGUUUAGAUACUUACCGAUAUUUAAAAUUAAUCAAUAUUUAUAAUAAAUAUAAGAAUAGAUUAGAUUGUGAUUGGAAAGUUGAUUAUAUUUUACCUCGACAAAAAUGGGAAUUUUUUAGAGACUUUAGUGAUUCUACUCUUCGUAAAUUAUCUCUUAAAGGUGAAAUGAAACCAUCUCUCUCAUUACAAAAAAUUAUGAUUGCUUUUGGGAUUGAUCCAAACACAGUAAAUUGUCUUAUUAAACCAAGAAUUGAUAUUGUUGAUUUAAUAACAUAUGACAUUUAUAAUUUGAUUAGAUAUAUCAAUUUAAAUCAUUUAAAAAAUAUUCAUUUGAUUUAUUAUCCACCUGUAAAUCAUUGA